UGAGACUGCAGGUAGGACACUUGUACUCAACCAUUAAUCCUCUGCAGCAAAAGAAAAAAAAAAGGUGCAUAUCAACAUGGCCAAGCGGCAGCAGGAAGGAAGAUUGAGAAGAGAUAAAUAGGCUUGGAAGGUAGAGGAGUUGUUAGCUUAGGGUAGCUACUGCUAGUUCCUACACAUUGCUCGCUGCGGUAAGGUUAGCAUUGGUUGGUGAGAGAGAGAGAGAGAGAGAGAGGUUGCAGCUAGCAGCAGAGAAGCACCUGCAGAGGCGAGAGGCAUGGAGUGCGGCGGCGGCGGCAGGGAGCAGCAGAUGCAGAUCGUGUGCGUGCGGGGCGGCGGCGGCGGCGGCGGCGGCGGCGGCGGCGAGGAGGAUGGGUCGUCGGAGUGGGACCAGUCGUCGUCGCGGUCGGCGCUGUCGCUGUUCAAGGAGAAGGAGGAGGAGAUCGAGCGGAAGAAGCUGGAGGUGCGGGAGAAGGUGUUCUCCAUGCUCGGCCGGGUCGAGGAGGAGACCAAGCGCCUCGCCUUCAUCCGCCAGGAGCUGGAGGUGAUGUCGGAUCCGACGCGGCGGGAGGUGGAGACGAUACGGAAGCGCAUCGACAAGGUGAACCGCCAGCUCAAGCCGCUCGGCAAGAACUGCCUCAAGAAGGAGAAGGAAUACAAGGCGUGCCUAGAGGCUUACAACGAGAAGAGCAACGAGAAAGCAACGCUUGUGAACAGGUUGAUGGAGCUUGUGGGCGAGAGCGAGCAGCUGCGGAUGAAGAAGCUCGAAGAGCUGAACAAAACGGUAGAGUCCCUCUACUAGACUUGGGCUUUUGGGGGCCCAUGGCUGCCACCACAAAGAGCUUGUUUGCAGUGUGCAAUUUCUUCUUUUUUUUUAUGACACGAGGAUGAGCCAAAUUUGUGUGACCUCACAUGUGUCGUCGCGUUUGAUAUAGCUGAUGGGAUCACGAGUUUAUCUAUUCUGUAUGGUUCAGUUUAAUUGCAACGUCAUUGUCAAGAGAAAUCCUUUUUUUUCCCAA